AGUAAAUCGUGACGAUUUGUCGCCAUCUGAACAACUGAUAUUUGAUAAAGGUUGGAAAUACAAUUAUUUUAACCAGUAUGCAAGUGAUCGAAUAAGUGUGAGACGAUAUUUACCGGACCAUCGAGAAGGCAAGUGUAAAGUCAACAAAUAUGCAAGUAAUCUACCCUCAGCAUCUGUGAUAAUUUGUUUUCAUAAUGAAGCUUGGUCAACAUUAUUGCGUUCAGUACAUUCAGUGAUAGAUCGAUCUCCACCAAAUUUGUUACAUGAAAUUAUACUGGUUGAUGAUUACUCUGAUCAACCUCAUCUCAAAGAAGCAUUGGAAGAAUAUAUGGCAAUGUUAAAAGUUGUUAAAAUUGUUCGUACUAAACAACGUGAAGGAUUGAUUAGAGCAAGAAUGAUUGGUGCAGAACAUAGUACUGGGAAAGUUCUGGUGUUUCUAGAUUCACAUAUUGAAUGUACCACAGGAUGGCUUGAACCACUUUUAGAUCGUAUUGCUUUCAAUUCUACAAUUGUUGUAGUCCCUGUAAUAUCAACUAUAAGUGAUAAAACUUUAAAAUUUCAUAUUCCUAGUGCUAGCAGUGUUCAAGUUGGUGGAUUCGAUUGGAGUUUAACAUUUCGAUGGCAUCAACAAACUGAACGUGAUAGAAAUCGACCUGGUGCACCAUAUUCACCUGUCAGAUCACCAACUAUGGCCGGUGGUUUAUUUGCUAUAAGUCGUGAAUAUUUCGAUCAUCUUGGCAGGUAUGAUCCUGGUAUGGAAGUUUGGGGAGGUGAAAAUUUAGAACUGUCAUUUAAAAUUUGGAUGUGUGGUGGUAGUUUAGAAACAAUCAUUUGUAGUCAUAUUGGACAUAUAUUUCGUAAUCGUUCACCAUAUAGUUGGAAAGUUAAAGUAAAACAACCAUUGAGAAGGAAUUUACUUCGUUUAGCUGAAGUAUGGCUUGAUGAUUAUAAACGAUUUUAUCAUGCACGUACGGGAUUUAAACUGAUUGAUUUUGGAAAUGUUUCAGAUCGGAAAGCAUUACGUGAGAAAUUGAAAUGCCAUUCAUUUGAUUGGUAUUUAACUAAUAUUUAUCCUGAAUUAUUUGUUCCGUCAAAAGCUCUUGCUUCUGGUGAUAUUGAAAAUGCUGCUGUUCCUUACUGUUUAGAUGCACCAUUACCAAAGAAAACUGAUCGUAAAUCUGUAAUUGUGAAAGUAUUACCAUGUCAUAGAAUGAAUGGUAAUCAAUUCUGGUUACUAUCACCUGACAAUGAAAUUAGACGAGAUAAUUAUUGUUUCGAUUCUGGUAUACAUCGGAACAGAAUAGGUUUAGUUCGUUGUCACAGUUCAAAAGGAUAUCAGGAAUUCACUUAUGAAACAGAUAAUACUAUUCGUCAACAAGGUAAAUGUUUAGAAAUCAAUAUCGAAUAUUUAAAAGUUUUCCUUACUGAAUGUACUGGAUCAUUAGAACAACAAUGGAAAUUCAACAGGAAACCAUAUCUGCCAUCUGUGAAUAAUCAUAAUACAUAAUUGUAAUCUUUUAAAAAAUAGAAAUCACAUUUAAAGUUCCAUUUAACAUGUAUAUGUGUGUCUACUUGUCAUGUCUUUCAUGAGAUAUUGUUAUUUUGUU